CAGCUGUAGUCGGAGGAGCUACAGUCAGCUGGACAGCGCAGAGUGAGUUGGUCGCAUGUAGAGUUCACUCUCUCCUGGAACGGCCAGAACAACAACAAUAAUAAAGUAGGCGGCUUAGGCUCAUGGCCCAGGCCAAAGUACAAGCGAAGAUGAGCGAACCCCCCUGCAACAAGUUCACCAGGACACUGUCCAUGGCAGAUCGCUCGGGACGCCUGCUGGAAAAUUUGGAUCAGCUGGAAUUGAGGGUGGAGAGUUUACGCGAAGCUGCAUCAGCCAUGGAGCAGGAAAGGGAGUACAUCCUGGAAAUGAUUCAGUCCAUACAGAACAGUCAAGAAAUGCGUAACAUCUGUGCCGGGGAGAGAGAAGAAUUAAGUUUAACCGCGAACCGUCUAAUGGGUCGGACUCUGUCUGUGGAGAUCUCUGUUGGCACAAUCAGAAACUCCCAGCAGGAGGACGCCCUGCGCAAGGCCACGUCUAUAAUCGAUGAAAUAGUGAAGAAGCUGCUGAGCGACAUGGACGGCAGUCGGCAGCAGCUGCUGGCCCUGCUCGCGGCCUGUGUGACCGAGGCGCCACCCGUCGCCAUCGACCAGAAGUUCCAGGCCAUAGUGAUCAGCUGCGCCCUGGAGGACCAGAAGAAGAUCAAGCGGAGGCUGGAGACUUUGCUGAGGAACGUGGACAACGCCGAAAAGAACAUCAAGAUCAUGGAUCAUCAAAAACUUGACGAAGCUCAAGCCAACGGGACGCAGUAAGAGUCGUCAGCAGAGUAUUAAAAGUGUCUUGAAUGUUACUAACCUCACGAAGAACUGUGGUAAUCCUGCACUAACUUUCAGAAGGAGCAGCAACAGGCCUGCUAGUCCAUAAGGGAAAAGCACAGUGAUACUGAACCAAACUAUUAACACUUGCACACAACGCGUGUUCACAUAUGUACUAAGGCAAGAAAGACACAGUUCCCUACUAUAGGUCUGGUCACCGUUUAUUAGAAAUAGUUUCAUAACUAGCUUGUACUUAAGUGACUAUAAUGUGUGUACAAAGUUUUAGGUUUUAAAAAAGUGUGAAAAUAAAAUUUUGUAUUACUUGAUUAUGGUGAAAUUUUGGACAAUUUAACAACUAAUGAAUCCAGACUUCUGUUUCAUCGCCUCAUCUCUUAAGCUAGGCAGUUGUUGAGGAUUUCAUAUGUGCAUGCACUACCUCUGUGUGAAGGCAACACAAUCAUCUUAAGCUGUGGAUUGAAGUUUGUAUUUGCACAAAGCAGUUCCUAUGUCAAAUGUAAAAGCAAAAAAAGAGAAGUGAAUAAAAACACAUUGUCUAAUAA